UGUCUGGGAGUCCAAACUGUUUCACCUGUGUGAAAACUUUGAAACAAUGAGCCGAUGCAGAGGAAUGUAAAUGAAUUUCUGGCCUCAUCCGCUUCCAAACCGGAAGUAAACAUGGACUAUCUCUUCCCAGAUCAACGGGGGAAGCCCCAACAACGGACUUUGACCGUCUUUUGACAGCUAUUUAAGAAGUUACUUUCUAUUUUGGUUCAGUAGCAGGAACAGUCUCUGAUUACAUUGAGUUAUAUGUCGUCAGCUCCGCAGGUGUUACUAUUUCUCAGACGUGUUGCCAGCUGAUCCAAGUCCUCUGUCUGUCUGUCAGGUGAGCCGAAACGGAGACCUGCUGUGUGACGAGCAGAAGGAGCAGUCUAAUCCACAAUAUGUGUUGGUGUUUGCCUGUUAUCGUGGGUUUCCUGUUUGUGGCCCUCCUGUACUGUUUCUGUUUUGUGAUCCAGGGGUUCUGUGGGUGGCCAGACAAGCCUGGCUACAAAAAGUACAUCGAAGCUCUAAAUCCCAGGCGGAUAUACCGUUUGACCUUAGCUGCAUUUGAUCUUCUCAAAUACGUUCAGCAUUGGAAACUGCAUUUUCAGAUUAAGUCCUGGUAUAGAAAUGAGCAGAACACUAAGCACUUCAAAAAGGGCAUUGUUUAUGGCCGCCGAGGCAACAAGCUGGACUUGUAUUAUCCCCCCAUACACAAUAAAGAUAAGUUUUCACCUCUGGUUGUGUUUAUCUAUGGCGGUGCAUGGAGCUCUGGACACAGAUCCAUUUACUGUUUACUGGCAAGGCAGAUGGCUGAAGAACUGGAUGCAGCUGUUGUUUGUCCAGAUUACUGUACUUAUCCAAAGGGGAAUGUUCUUAUGAUGAUUCAAGAUAUUGCCGACUGUCUGAUAUGGGCGCAAGAGAACGGACAGACGUUCAGCUUUGACAAGGACAACAUUGUUUUAGUUGGCCAUUCAGCAGGUGCUCAUUUGGGUGUAAUGACCGCACUAUUUCUCCUCGACACACGAGAGGAUCUGGUGAUAGAGACAAAGAAACAGCAGCAGAUUUUACAGUCAAUACAAGGAGUUAUUGGACUGAGUGGUGUUUACAGCAUUAUGGACCAUUAUGAGCAUGAGAAGAAGCGAGGAAUUGAGUACGUCUCUUGUAUGUCAAGAGCCAUGGAUGGGGAGAAAAACUUUCCACACUAUUCACCAAUGCAAAUAGUACAGAACCUUAGUGAUGACAAGCUGAGCAGAGCUCCACGGUUCGUUUUGCUUCACGGGAAUUGUGACAUCGUUGUUCCGUUUGAGUCUUCCACGAAGUUCUACAAGCUCCUCUCUUCACUGUCCGGAAAGGUGUCGCUCCACCUGCUUCCUACCGUCAACCACAUUGAGAUGGUCACUGACCUCAUGCUGUCAAGCACGCCCUUCUACCAGCCGAUCUUCAGAUGCAUCGAACGCGAGUUCAGGAAACUCCUAGGUACAUGUUAACAGCCUAUCAGGCCCAUGUCUGGGUCUGCAAACAUCAGCUGCCAGGGACACGCAUAUUGUACAGCACCUGCUCUAAUGCCACAAAAUAAAAAAAAUGUUUUGAUUUAUAAUUAUAAUAAACUAAAAAAAUAUAUGAUUUAGCUGUUUUCUAUCCAAAAUCAGAAAGCCUAAAGAAUACAUGGCCUGUUUGUGCCUUCACAGCCCUAAGCAGUGUUUCUUUUUCACGCUGCAUUCACCACAGACAGCCAUUACGUCUCAGAGUUCACCACAGAAAACGUCCUCCACCACCUGAGCCACAGCUGCCUGUUAUGAAAUCAAAACUGAAAAAUAUUAGCUGAAUCCAAAAUGAUGUCUAACUUCACUAAAAACAUCUUGUAAUAAACUGUUUUAUUAUGAGAUGUGCAUAGAAAACUAUGUUAAAAUAUUAGUAUUAUUAUUAAUAAUAAUAUUAUUACUACUGGAGUCAAAUUGCAGAAGCAGUACCUCUUAUUCUUGGGCUACUGGUUUUGAAGGGAAUGUAGAUGCACAACAUUGAUCAUAUUAUUUGUGUUAAAUAUAAUUUGUAUGAUAAAAUUGACUUGAAUGUUGUGAUGUUUAAUUUAAUACCAAUAGCAUAACACUUAUGUUAUUGAUAUUAAAUGGACCAAAAACUGUUGAAAAAAAAAUAAUAUUUUUUUAUGAGUUGUUUUUUUUUUCUGUGUAAUAUGUGCAGUUAAGCUCAAAACUGUUGAUACCUCAUGUAGAAUUAGUUUUAAAGUAAAGUUUUAAUUUGACCAACUUGUUUCUUCUGUCUUGAAGUAAUAUUAAUGUUUUGGAGUGGCCCAGCCAGACUCUUGUGCUACGGUGAUGGCAAGAAAACCAUCCAGCCUCAACAAUUUGGAUUUUCUUGCAAACGAUAAAUGAAAUCAAAAUACUAGUGGAAAAAAAAAUACAAAAAUAAGAUGAGCAAUGAAUGCUUUGAUUACAGGGACACCAAUAAAGAUUUUUUUCUGUA